AUUCAGGUCAUUAUCCAGCUCAAAACACUGGAUUUUUCAUCAAUCAACAGCUUUCUCAAACAGUACAAGUACCCAACACCACAAUAUAAACAAAAUAGACCGACCAUCAAGGUGUCAACAAACAUCUAUACAGAAUACCAACAGAAAGUGACCACAAGAACGACAAAAGAUACAACAGUACAAUUAUAAUCAGAAAAAAGGACAUAUGGCCUUUAGUUGCCGGUCCAUACUCAUUGAGGAUCGUGUAUCACAAUCGCGGAGUAGUGCGGAAGGGCCCAGGAAGCUGGACUUCCUCACCGAACCGUGAUAUAUCCUCACAAAGAGAAGAAGAAGAAGAAGAAGUUCUCGUUCUACUACAUUUUUGCAUGAAAUACCUGAAAAAUAUAGUAAGAAAUAAGCUUUAUUACAGUUCAAAAAGUGUUUACUAGAGAAUACUGUGAUAGCUUUCAGUGUUCAGCGUUAUUUGUACUGUACAGUAAAUAUAUACAUUACAACAUGAACGAAUUCAUCCGUGGAACAUGCGAGGAAAUGUGUCCCAAAGCGGAGAUCGACUUGCGAAUCCGCGAAAAGUUGGUGCAUUUCUUCGAAACCGAUCCCGAUGCUGGGCGUCCGGGGGUGCCGGAUCGGCAUCGGAUGGUCAAGGAGUUUUCCCGCUCAGCUGCCGACCGGCGACAGCCAAAGCCAUGGGAAAUACGCACUCCAGCCAUGCUGCUAGAAACCAUCCACUAUCUGUUAACAAUCGUGCUGCCUGACCCCCGGCGUCCGUACUACCAGCGGUAUGAAUUUAUUUUCGACCGGAUGCGUGCCAUCCGGCAGGAGAUGGUCAUACAGAAUCUGUCCGCCAUGGAAACGCUACCGAUACUGGAACCGAUCGUACGAUUCCUCUGCUAUAGCGCCUUCCGCCUUUGUGACGCUCCGAUAGCAGAGUUCGAUCCAAAAAUAUGCUCACAGCAUUUACAGGAGUGUUUGAAAAAGGUCCUCCGCUGCUACGAAGAACUUGACGAAGCGUCCAAUCGCGCCGCCGAUUCAAAUCGCUUUGAGAUGGAACGUCUGUACCUAUCCUUCAACAUCGGUAGCACGGAAGCAACACAAUCGGCCAUUACACGAUACGGUGCAAGUGAACCGAAGCUACGGCUUCACAUUACUACCCAGCUGGAGUGCCACCGGGGGAACUAUUUCGCUGCCAUGCAAAACAUGCUUCAGUUUGCCCCGCUAGAAGCUGCCGUCGCAUCGUUAAAGCUUCCCCAGUUCCGGCGACAGAUUCUGCUCCAGUUCUCCGUUGCCUACCAAAGCCGCGUGCAAACCGUACCGCUCGAAUGGUUGGAAAGCAUACUCCAUUACGAGGGCCGCGAGCGCACGUGCCUGUUGAACGACUGCCGUCACUAUAACCUUCAGCUAGUGCCGAGGGACAGCGGCCAGCGGUCCACCGACGGUAACCGUAACUGGGCGGUGAAAUUCGAGAAGGCAACGUUCGAUGGUCAACGAAGCGCGAUUCAACCACGCAAAGUUCCUCCAAUCGAAGAUGCAUUAGAGCAUUGUGGAAAUAUUUCGAGGAUGUUGCUUGAUGGGUUUUGCGGAUAGUUCGGUGCCGGUGGCGCGUGGUGUGAUAUCGUAAUAAACAAAACACAA